UAGUACACAACGUUUUGAAUUCUAAUUAUGAUAAUACCUACGGUCGUACUGACCAGCCGGCUGUUUUAAUAAAAAUAUAUUCAGUACUAAUCCAGCAGCAAUAAAGAGUGCGCUUAAUUUUAAACGGUUAUUGAAUCCUUGUACAGAGUCGUUGUAAAAUAUUUUAUAAAUAAACAUGUAAUUAAAUUGUACUAACCUAAAGAUAGUGUUAUAUGAAUUGAUCUCUUAACAAAUUUUAAAAAAUGAACUAUUUAGUUUUUAUAAUAAGCAUUGCACUACUACCAAUUUUACCACAAGCUGACACAAAAUUUAAACUAUGCGUAAUUCCGAGUCUUACGGGAAAUGAUAGAACUCAAAUAAAUUGUCCUAUUUUAUCUCAGAAUCCAAAUAGUCAAGUAGAAUGUGUUUUCGCCAACGAUAAAACACAUUGCAUCAGAAAACUUCUCGAUGGAAAUGCGGAUUUUGGAGUUUUUAAAGCCGAAGAAAUAUCAUAUGCAUCACAAUGGAAUGACUUACUCAGUGUCACAAAUGAAAUUCGGUCGAUUGAAAAUGAUAAUUACGAAUAUAAUAUGGUAGUUCUUGUUAAUGAUGCUGCUAAUAUCAAUAGUUUGGAUGAUUUGUAUGACAAGCGUUUAUGUCACCCAGGAUUUUCUGAUACUGAUGAUGGAAUAGGAUGGUCCGAUUUAAUCUCUCAGUAUUUUGAGAAGAUUGUCGUUCCACAAAAAUGUGAUCCUAAAUUAAGCAUUGUAGAAAAUCAGCUACGAUCUAUGUCGGAAUUUUUCGAUCUAUCGUGCAAACCCGGUCAAUGGGAUCCAAAUCCUGAUAUUGACAGUGAUUUAAAAACAAAAUAUCCAUCAUUAUGCGCCAAUUGUAAAAAUCCAUUGUCUUGUAAUUCAAAUGACCAAUUUUGGGGAAGACAAGGUGCAUUAACGUGUCUAAAUGAAGGUUUUGGAGACAUUGCAUGGGCUAGAUUAAGUGAUGUAAAACUACAAUUUAAAGUAGAUGACAGUAACGUUUUUGGAAAAAUUAAUUUCUUAUGUCCCAAUGGUACAACACAACAAUUAAAUUCAACUAAUCCUUGUGCAUGGAUAUCUCGACCGUGGCCAGCUAUCAUUUCUAGAAAAUCAAUGUCGAAAAAUGUACAAGAUAUGGUUAAUUACGCUAUUACUGCAGAAGAAAUGAAAAAUGUUUCUUCGUGGCAAUGGUCUUUAAAAAAUUUACUGAUUCAUUACUCCGAUCCUAUAGUAUCACGUGUGAUAAAAAGUCCUAAUGAGUACCUUUCAGUAGCACCGGGUUACUUAAAAUCACAAAAUAAAAAUCACAACUGUGGUAAACGAGAGUUCUCAUUGUGCGUUGAGAACAUAGAAGCUUACAACAAAUGUCAAACCCUUUCUGAUAUUUCUGUAGCUUAUGGAAUAGAGCCGAAAAUGAACUGUAUAGAAGUCAUAGAUUGUGCUAAACUUUUGGAAAAUGGACAUGUGGAUAUAAUGAUUAUUGAUGCUGAUACACUGGCUUCAUAUAAAAGACAUUACAAAACCAAAAAUACGAUUCUUUUUACAACUUCACUAUAUCAUCGAGUAUACCGUAAAGUGAGUGCUGUAAUGUUGAAAAAGAAAUUCGUAAAACAUUUUGAACAAUUAAAAGGAAAAAUUGGAUGUUUUCCUUCAUUUGAUGGCUUUGCUUGGAAUUCAUUUUUAAUGACAGCAAAGUUACAUAAAUUAGAGUUAUUUCCAAAUAAUGACACUAUUAAACAUUUCUUUAGUAACAGUUGCGCUAUAAUUAGUACAGAUCAUAACUCAAUUCCCACAUGUGAAUUUGAUGAUAUUAUACCAGAGGAAAGUAAAAAAAAUGGAUUACUAUCAGAAAUUUUAGCACUCAGGUGUAUCAUAGAUGGUGGAGGAGAUGUUGCUUUCAUAAACACUUUUCAUUUGAGUCAAUAUUUAGACGUGUUAAGAAUUCCAUUAAAGUUAAAAGAUAAUUUCACUGCAAUGAAUUUUUCGUCUGUUUGUAGCUCAGAUCAUUCUCAUUCUCCUACAGAUUGUCCAUUAUCGUGGUCUAACUUUGGACAAAUAAUAAUGAAACCGAACACAGCAACUCUAGAAGAAAAUGAGAUAAUUACAGUUUUACUCAAAAUGGACGAAACAUUUGGUCAAAAGAAUAAGAUGGCUAGUGCCUUAUCACCAUCAUUUUUAAUAUAUGGCCCAUUUGAUGAUUCAGCUGAUCCCUUAUUCCCUAUUGGUACAGAGAAGUUAGAGACUGUUAGCCAGAUAAAUAAUCAUCAAACUCCAAUUAUACCUGAAUAUGAAUCAAAUCUACACAUUUUAGACAAUAAUAAAUACAUUAAAUCUUCAUCAAACUGUAACAUAGCUUUAAAUUCUUUAUUAUUAAUAUCUAUUUUAUUAGUAUUUUUUAUGUAUUAACAGAUUUAACAUAAAUGCUUAUUAUUACUGUGAUUUAUUUUGUACUUCAGAGAAUUUUAACUAAUGUUAAAUAGUGUGCAAUUUGUAAACAUUACAAUUAAUGUCGAUUUUAAUACAUUUACCUUAAUUAAAUAUUUGUUAAAUUUUGAA